AUGUUUUCAAUAUUCGAAUUUCUGUUGCGGGCAAACCGCUCCGCCUCUUACGCUUCUUUGAACGCCUCUCAAUCAACGCUCACGGAUACUGAUGAGCCAGAGAAGGGCGCCGACAAAGGCGAUGUGGUGAAAUGCAUUUCUUACCGCCACGCAGUCAUACUCUACAUUUCGAAUAUUCUUCUCGCAAUCUUGCUGGUAGCCUUGCUUUUCUAUAGCUCGAUAUUUUCCAAGUCCCCCAAGCUGGGAUCAUACGAGAACGGAUUCACAACUGAAAUCCCCUUGGAGAAGGUCAAAUUCUAUGGCGGAAUCCUCAUUGGCGACAAUGGAACAUACUCGCUCAGUCAUAAGCCCGGGGAGCCUGACUACUUUGGCCCUCCCGGCCGUGAAACUGACCAUGCUUGGGGCAAGAUUCUGAAAGAUCGAUUCAUUGGUGUGCUUCCAAAGGAUUGGCCUCCGGACGCGGUUGAACUCAACUAUGAGGACGAUUUGGUAAAGGGAAAAUGGUGGUUAGAGACUAGCGGUCUUCAUGCUCUUCAUUGCUUAAAUUACAUUCGGAGGUCAUUCUCACCUGAAUACUACACCAACCAUCAGGAUAAGCCAGGCCAACCCACGAUAGAGCCCAAGACGCUCAGUCACUCAAUGCAUCUUAUCAACAUGUUCUCGCAGUCAUUCCUGUUCCUUACCCUUCUCAGCGCCCUUGGUGCUUACGUCCUCAAUGACCAUCUAAAGCUCAGCGGAUGGAGUAUCCCACAAUGGGUUCCAUUCGCCCACCCCAGCCCAGCCACCUACGUUUGCGAAACACCCCGCAUGAAGCCCCAUUUCCUCUCCUACGACCCAAUCAUGGUGUACAUCGAGAACUUCCUCACACCCUACGAAGCCCAGCACCUCAAAGCCCUCGCCCUCCCCCACUACCACACCUCCGUCAUCCAAAACAAAGCCACCCAGCAAAAAGACCAACACGUCGAAGCCACCACCCGCAACAGCCAGACCGCCUGGCUCCUCUCGCCCGACCCAGUCGUCGACUGCGUCCGCGCGCGCGCGGCGACCUUCCAAGGCUUCGCGCCGAACCGCAGCAUGGACGCGCUCGCCGCGGUCAAAUACGAUGCCGGCCAGCAGUACCGGCCGCACUACGACUGGGACGUGUUCAACGCGCGCGCGGCGGAUCGGCGGACGAGCUUUUUUGCGAUCCUCGAGGCGAAUUGCUCGGGGGGCGCGACGAGGUUUCCGGAGGUGAGGAAUACGGCGUGGAGGAGUCGGAAGCCGUGGUGUAGGGCGGGGUGGGUGGAGUGUGGGGAGGAGGGGGAGGGGCAGGAGGAGGAGGGGUUGGCGGUCAGGCCGGUGGUGGGGAAUGCGCUGUUUUGGGUUAAUUUUAGGGAGGAUGGGAGUGGGCAUGAGGGGACGCUGCAUGCGGGGAUGCCGGUGGUGGAGGGGACGAAGAUUGGGUUGAAUAUUUGGACGUAUGGGAAGGUUAAGGCGCCGGAGUGA